AUGGCUAGCGAAAAUCCUAUCAACCUCAAGUGUGAUAUUUAUAACGAUCCGGAUGGAAAAACUUUCACGGUUUCACCUUGUAAAGAAGAUAAGGUUUACGUGGUUAAAUUUGCUAUCGGGGCUCUAUUGGCGAAUCAAG